UUGUCUUUCGCAAUAAUUAAUACAUGCAAAGUGAACUGAGACAUUUUUGUUUAUUUUAGCUGAAACACCCCCCAAGAUAACAAGUCCAUUCCAAGAUUCAUAUUAUAUGAAAGAGGAGGAUGAUACGCCAAAAAUGUUUAAAUGUAGUUCUACUGGUAAACCUGCCCCAACAUAUGAAUGGCGUAAAGAUGGUAAAGUCUUCGUUAACAGCCUACAAAUAACUUCGAACACGAUGACAGGAGAAUUGAUAAUAAUCAAACCAGAGGUAGUUAACUUUGGAACAUUUCAAUGUUUUGCUUCCAAUAAACAUGGUUCAGCAAUGGCUGCACCAUUCAAAGUGAAAAGAGCAGUAGUUAUGAGCUUUAUUGAUACACAAGAAGAAAGAAGGGUAGAGGCUACUCAAUAUAAGGAAAUGUCAAUACCGUGUACGGGUAAACCCAAAUGUGUACCAGGCAAUGAGUGCUUCAUAGAAUGGUUGAUAGGGGAGGGGACCAGCAAUAAAGUGGUAGAAACGAGCCGUAUAGCUGUAGAUAAAGAUGGUACCCUACAUUUCCUGUAUGUUGAACUUGCUGACGAAUCAUCAACAGCCGUUCCCUAUGCAUGUGGAAGGAACAAUGAACUGAUGAAAGCUUUAUACAAGGGUGGCAAUGUCAUCAUGACAGUCAAAAAAGUUACCAAUCCUAGUCAUGUUAAACCAAAGGUUCUAUUCAGCCAGGAUGUGACAGGCUUGUUAGGUGGAGAAGUAGAACUUCAAUGUAUCUUCUCUGGAUAUCCAUUGCCAGAAAUUGCGUGGUUUUCACCUGAAAACACGAGUAUACAGCCAAGCAGCAAGUACAGUUUCGUGGGCGGAACUUUUAGAAGAAACCUUAAGAUUAAAACGCUAAGUGGCAGUGAUGAGGGAUCAUACAUCUGUUCAGCAAUCAACAGAAGGGGUAAAGUGAACGCCAGGAUAUAUCUCAAUGUUACAUCGAAACCUAGAUUUCCAGAAGGUCAGAUAUUCGAGUCUCAAGUUGUCCCACGCGGAGACAAUGCUGUGUUCAGGUGUAAUAUGGAAUCCAUGAGGUAUGAGAUUCAUCCAACAAGGCCAAUUUGGAGAAGGAAUGGCAUAGAAUUGAACCCUAGGCAAAUUGGCAGCAGUUCUUCGCAGAAGUAUCAUUUAAGUGAUGAUGGAACUAUUCUCACCAUAAAAAAUGUACAGAACCCAGGUGACUCGUGUAAUAUAAUGUGUCAAACUUCAAACGUCAUAAUUGAUGUAAAUGGUGAUGAUGCUGAAGCUUCCACUUACGCUGAUGCUUUUCUACGGGUUAUAGAUCCAAUUACAGUACAACUUCUUACACAGUCUCAGUUUGAAAUAGAUGCACCCGAACCGUUGAGUAUGACAUGUAGUGCUACCACCGAUCCAUCCGUACCAAAACUUUCCUUUAAGUGGUCUCUAUUGGGAGCCGAUAAUGUCACGUACUACGAUCACAACACACUGACGAGUAAGCCGUUCGUCAGCUUUAAUAUAGACAUGACAAAUCUUACCAUUGAUCCAGCCAUGGUUAAAAUGGACAAUGAUGAUGACAAGGUCCGAGCGGUCACUGGAACGUACCGAGUCAAUAUUUCACAUACACAUGACUGGGAAAUGAUCAGCUUUGAAAUUACGAGUAACAUUAAACCUGCAAUCAAAGCCCCUGCUGGUUUUGACCUGUGGAUAAUUGGAGUUAUUUUAGGAGUAAUAGUUCUACUGAUUGUCGUUAUCGUUAUCAUCUGCACCUUAUACAGAAACAGAGGAAGAAAAAAACCAGUUGAUAAAAAGAAAGACAGUAGUUUUUCUGAUUUAUCUAGGGCGGACGGAGAAAAGACUCCCUUGGACAAAAUAUCGUUAUCUGAUGUCGUGAAGCCGUUGAAAAGUGACGACGACAGUUCGACGGGAGAUAGCGAUGACGAUGCUGAUAUGACCAAAUUAAACGAAGACAGAUCGUUUAGAUGAAUAUACAUAGACAAAAAAGGCCAAGAUCAGACUUCUGUACAUCACAAUCACCUGUCUAAUAUAUAUGUAUAGAUACUAGAUAAAAUGUUCUAAAAUCAAAGUGCACACAGUACUAAGAACAGGUUCUAUUGUAAAAGUGCUUGCAAUUCUGUGUUUAUAGAUUUUGAAAUGACAGUUCAUGCAGGACUAUUGGAAUAGGUUCUUCCUUUAAUAAAAGCACUGGAAGUGCUA